AUGGCAGACGGCUUCCUAGCACCGAAGGCAGGGUUCGCGACGAAGGCGAUCCAUGCAGGUCAUAACCCGAGCAAGUGGUAUUCUUCCCCGGCGGUCGUACCCAUCGUCACCUCUACCACAUAUAAGCAGCGAGGUCCCAAUGAUAAUGACGGUUUCGUGUACGGCAGAUCGGCGAACCCAACACGCAACUCGCUGCAGGACGCGCUGGCAGCUCUGGAUGGUGGCAAACACGCAUUGGCCUUUCCUUCGGGGCUCGGCGCCACUACUGUGCUCGUUUCUCUGCUCAAGCACGGAGACCAUAUUCUGUCCUGCGAUGACUUGUAUGGAGGCACUAAUAGACUACUCAGAAACUUGUGCGCAAAAAUGGACAUCGAGCUCACAUUCGCUGACUUCACAAACAUUGACAACGUGAAAAAUGGAAUUAAAAACAACACGAGGAUGAUAUGGCUCGAAAGUCCGACCAACCCAUCCUUUAAAGUGAUCGAUAUAGCAGCGGUAAAAAAUGUCGCUAACACUCACAAAGACAUAAUUGUGAUCGUGGAUAACACCUUCCUGACCCCUUAUCUGCAGCGGCCGUUAGAUUUCGGCGCAGACGUAGUAGUAUACUCGCUGACCAAGUACAUGAACGGACAUACUGACAUCAUCAUGGGUGCCGCUGUUGUUAAUGACGACGAAUUGGCUGAGAAAUUGAAGUUCUUGCGGAAUGCUUUGGGAGUGGUCCCUUCUCCAUACGACUGCUACAUGGUCAACCGAAGCUUAAAAACAUUGGCUCUUAGAAUGGAACAGCAUAAGAAAUCGUCGCUGGCCAUCGCUAAGUGGCUCCAGAAACAUCCCAAUGUAACUGAAGUUUUACAUCCGGGGCUCCCCACCCACCCGCAAUAUGCCUUGACGCAGAAGCAAACAAGUGGUCACUCCGGCGUAUUCAGCUUCAAGCACUCCGGUGGGCUGAAGGAGUCAAGACAGCUACUGCAGAAGUUCAAACUGUUCCUACUCGCUGAGAGUCUAGGAGGAUGUGAAAGCUUGGCUUCACUACCGUCACUAAUGACUCACGCGUCGGUGUCGGCGGAACAGCGCGCCGAGCUCGGCAUCACCGAUUCCCUCGUGAGGCUAAGUGUCGGCUUGGAGGACACCGAUGACCUACUUGAAGACUUGAAACAGGCUUUCAAAGCUGUUUUCUAAAUGUUCUGUCGAUUUUUAAGAAUAAACGAUAUUAUUGAUUUUAUUCUAUUUC